AAUGCGGUUCCAAAUUCAAAAUAUUGUUCCGUUACCAAAUUGCCCUAACCUUCCCUCCCCUUUUCCACCUCCAACGUCUUCACCUUCUUCAGCAUAACUAGGGUUUCGCCUUCAUUCUAUCUCAGCAAUAAAAAUUCAAAACUCUUGAGUCCAUCGCACAGUUUCUAGUGAUUUUACAUUCAAUUUGUAAGCUCUCAAAAUGAAUUAUUACACGACUUCUAAAUCGUCUGAUAACUUUCAAUCCAUGUUAAAAGAAUCAGUGGAUCGCUUUUUAUGCGAAUUCCGAAAAGGCGUCACUGAUUUCUCUAAUUUUGCCAUCAUUUUCUCCCGUUUACUUCAAAAUUUACCCGAUCCCUCACUCGAGUAGGUUUGGUUUUACUCUGCACUGACUUUCCACACCACCAAAUUUACAUCUAUGCCCUCUUCAAAAAACGUUUUGGCUACCAAAGACUUGUUUCAGUUGCUAGUUUCUUGUUCCAGUUCAUGUAACGUUGUUAAAAGAAUUGCGAUUCUUGGUCCAGUUAUAUAUGAUCUGUACCAUAUGGUGACUGAUGAAAAAGAUUCGAAGAGAGAUGUUGAGAGUUUGUUAGAAGGAAUAGUUAGUUACAUUAGUAUUUGUUGUGGCACCGAGUCUGAACUAGAUGAUAGAAUGGAGUGUUUGAACUUGAAUACUUGCUUUCUGGAUUUGGUGCAUGUGUGGGUUGUUGAUCGGGUUGAAGAGAAGUGUGAGUUUGGGGACUUGAGGGUGUUUUUACCAAUUGUGGGCGAUAAAAUUCGUGAUGGUGUUGGUGCGGGGUGUAGAGUUGGAUACUUAGCUGGAAUUGUGAUGUGUGAAGCUUUUUUGUUAAGGUUAUGCUUGAAGUUUGGAGUGCCAACCUUGAGGGAUGAACUGGAGAAAGACUUGCGUGAUUGUGCUCUACAAAUCAUAACUGGGUUUCGAAGUUUUUACUUUUUUGAUAUCCUUCUCAGGAUGCUGAUGGAGCCAAUGCUGCCUGUCAUGUCCCUGCUGGUUUCAGAAGAUGAAGUUCUUUUACAUCACAUUCUGUUUGAUGUAGUUGUAACUGUAGAGUAUUCAUUCCUCACUUCUCAAAGAGGGAUUCAGUUACCUAGCAGAAACCUUAAAAUUCUUGCUAUGCGAUGGUUGUUUGUUGUUGACAAUGCAUUACAGUCCGUGAGGGCAAAUGGUGACCACACCAAAGUCAUUUCUUAUAUAAAUGCUUUCUCCAAGUCUUGCCUGCUUUCUCAAUUGAUCACGUGGGUUACUAAUCAAAAUGGCAUGGGGGAAAUAACCAGCAGACCAAAUCUUUCCACUCCUGUUAGUCUUAUCAAGUGGCUGCUAAUUGUUGAAGAUCAAGGUGUAAGAGUAUUUGAUUUUGACAUCAGCAAGAUUUAUGCCAAAACUGUAAUUUGCAAGUCCAGAGUAGGGUAUGAUUUCCCAGUAAUUAUGCCCAAUGAUAAGAGUUUGUUUGAAAAUCUCUUCUUGAACACUGAUAACGAGAGAUGGCAAUGGAAUGAUGAUGGUGACCUGGAGAUGGUCGAUAUUGUGGAUACUGAGUUUUUGGCUGAUACUUGCAUGAUGAAAUCAACAGCAAUUGAUGGUACAAGGAAACGCAAAGAAGGGAGAAACAUAGAAGGUGAAAUACCAGUUAAGUUUGUUAAGUAUAAUUUUCAUGAUAACUCUCUGAGUGAAUUUUCAGCUUCGAGUAACGAAGAUGGUUUGAGUAGCGGAAGUGAAGUCGAUAAUCCAAUCUCUGAUGAAGAUAUGGAAGACAUGAAGCAAUAAAGAUUAUUGACAAGGACCGGUUAUACUCUGGUGGAUUUCUAUUCUUAUUGAUAGUUAACCGAGAAGGAAUUUUCAUCAGUGCAGCCUUACAGAUAAUGGGUUGUGCUGUCCUCUUCUCUGGUAUAAUCAACAGAUAAAAACUUAAGAAUUCAUGUUCAAAUAGAUCCUUAUUAAAAAGAUGACUAACCCAUCUUCUUUCUAUUAUAAGACUCGUAUUCUUAUCACCUACUUAUAUACGUAUGGUAUGAGUAGCUGUACGUAGAUGAUUGUCAUCUUAGAUGUAUGAAUUGUUGUUGUUAUAGUUUAGACAAUUUCUCUUAAGCAUCUAUUUCCUAAA